UGCCACUGGCGUCGGCCGGCAUUGGUGGAGAGGAAGACGGCCGGAUCUGGCUCCUUGCCCAGAUCCAACGCGUCCUCGGGUGGGAACAGGGUGGUUGGAGUCCGAUCGUCGUGCAGGUGGUGUGAAUAUCGCAGGUAUCCUCGGUGUGCAGGUGACAUUUGGUGGCUCCCGUCGUGGAUGCUAUGGUUGAUGGGUGCUCCAAGGCGAAAGUCUUGCUCCGCUCUCGGUGCUAGCAACGGCGACGCCCUUGGGCGCCGUUUACCUUCUUGAAGGCGUUGCUACUGGAGCCCUCGUUCAACUCCACUUCAAGAGUUUUCUCCGGGUGAAAACCUAGAUUCGUUAGGAUCGGACGAUGUCGCCGUUCUGUCGGCGUAACCUUCUUGAAGGCUUCGUUUUAGGAGUUUAUCUCUUGUUGGACGGCUGUACUUAGGUUCAGUUUGUCGAUGUCGGGGGUUUUGCCGGUUUUCCUUUAAUUAACCGUGCUGUUGUAAGGUUUUUAGGUCUGAUUUCCCUUAUAAACUGGAUCAACUCUCUUCUUCUACGGUGAAUCGCAGGAGCUCCCUGCCUGUCCCCUCGAAAAAAAAAAGUGUAGCAUGUGUACUAUUCGUACUGUGUACUAUCUAGAAGACGUUGAUUAGUAACUAAUCCCACAAGCAUGCAUAUAUACACUAGCUAGCUUGUACGCAGUGGUAGUACGUCGACGUUGCUAACCAUAAGGUCGGUCGGUCGAUCGACAUGGCCACUCUCUGCGGCAGCGUCUGCUUCUUGUUUGUAAUAAUGGUCAUUGCGUCGUCGCCGGCGGCAGUGGCGGCGGCGGGCGAGGAUAUAGUGGAGGAGACGUGCGGGCAAUGCAGCAGGAGCAACCCCAACGUGAACUACACCCUGUGCGUGUCGUCCCUGUCGGGGUACCCAGGCGCCGACCUCCAUGGCCUCGCCCUCUUCUCCACCAUGCCGCUCCGCUCCGCCCUGGCCACCAUCGCCUCCGAGGCCAGGGUGCUCCGCGACAGGGCGCCGCCGGGGUCGCCGCCGAGGUCCUGCCUCGACUCGUGCCUGGAGGUGUUCCGCGACGCCGCCUACAACCUCGGCAACGCCGUGGCGGCGAUCGAGUCGUGGAGGUACGGCGACGCCAAGACGGCGAUGAGCGCCACCACCGACGCGCCGGUGACCUGCGAGGACGAGUUCAAGGGGCAGGGCAUGGCCACGCCGCCGGCCAUCAAGGCCAGGACCAAGCCCCUCUUCCAGCACGGCGUCAUCUCCCUCGCCAUCAUCUCCUUGCUCUAGCCAUAUUGCUACCAGCUACUACUACCAAUUAAUUCGAUAUCCAAAUAUCACUAGCUAGUACUAUCAUGCAUGCAUGUCUGUGUAGUGUGUACGAUCGAUGAUCCAUUAAUCAAUGCAUACUUACUGCAUGAUGAUAUAUGCAGAACUAAUAUCUUUGCAGCAAGCCUGCACAUGCAUACAUAAAUGCAAA